UAGCAGUCGUUGCGGCUCGAAGCGCACAGUCCCACAAGGAACGGAGUCGUGGUCGCACCAGACGCUCGAGAGCCCUCCGUCGACAUCAUCAUCAUCGUCGGAUCAGCAAAGAGAGGCAAUCUUCCGCUGAUACGAUCAGGAUCAGUGCGCGAAAACUAUGAUCCUCGGCGUAGUGUGACCUGAAGUUGUUGAUUAUAUAUUUUUUCAUAUCGCACCGAAGAGUGCAAACAGGAUCAACCACGAGCAGAAGAGCAACAAUCUAGGAAGAAUCCUUACAAAAAAAAAACACAAUGAAUUCGUUUGUAGUCAGAUUACUGCUGAUGUUGUUCAUAGCAGCGGCGAGGGCAUCGUUAGACCACUACAAUGUGGAGUCUUACAUUGGGCAUCUUCCUGAUGACCUGAAAGAAGUCGUUCGCGGAGCACUGAAUGCGGAAUUAGAAGGCACUGACUUAAAAUGUAAUCAAUCUGAGACUGUCUCUUGCCCUCCCAAUAAGUUUCGACAGCCGACCGGAGAGUGUAACAACAUCAGACAUGAGACUUGGGGCAGCCGCGGUGCCGCCUUCCUCAGGCUUCUACCGGCAAAAUACUCCGAUGGAAAAUCAAAACCGAAGCUGGAGAACUUACCGAGCUCGGAAGAGGUGACCAGGGUAUUCAAGGCGAAUUCAGAUAAAAAAAGCCACGACUCUAUCACGGCGCUCCUUGGCGCUUGGAGCGAACUCCUUCUGCACGAUUUGGCAAGCACUGGUAACCUGAGGAGCGGCAACUGUUGCGGACAAUCCCCGCAUCCCGAAUGCCUCGGAAAGCUGAAUGAAAAGACAUGCAAGGAAUACAUGAGGUCCUUGCCAGCCAUCGAUAAGAAUUUAUGUGCUUUUGAGCACAGGGAUCAAAUGAACUUGGCCUCUUCAUUCUUGGACGCUUCAUCUAUCUACGGUAAUACUGAUUCUUCGGUGGAGCGAUUGAGAACCUACGAUGCUGGUUUGGUGAACGUGUCCGCUUGCGCAGUCUGCAAAUCGAAUGCUCUGUAUUCAGCAAUACUGAGGGAGCACAACAGGAUUGCUAUUAAUUUAGCACAACUAAAUAGGCAUUGGCCUGACGAAAAUCUUUUCCUGGAGAGUAAACGCAUCGUAGCUGCUGAAAUCCAACACAUCACCUACAACGAGUUUCUUCCAACAAUUUUAGAUGAUAAUACAAUUGCAGAGUCUCACUUACAAUUGAAAUAUCAUGGAUACUACAGCGACUAUUCCAGCUCGCACAAAGCUGGCGUUUACAACGAGGUGGCUCUAACUGCUCUACCAAUUCUUCUCUCCAUGAUCCCUAGUAAACUGAUGAAUGAGACUGCGACGAGUUUCGCUGAGAUGGUGGACGUGCUGAUCAGCACGCAAGGACAAAACCCAAGCUUCCACAUGGACGUUCCUCUGCGAGAAGACUGGGAUACCAGUUCUCUGCUCAUUCAUAUGGGUCGCGAUCAUGGAUUACCCGGUUAUGUUAAGUUACUCGAAUAUUGCUCAAACGGCACGACAACCAUAAAAUCAUUCCACGAUCUCGAUGGUAUCGACAAGCAUCAUAUGAAAAUCCUUAAAGAAAUGUAUAACAAAGUAGAAGACAUCGAUCUGCUGGUGGGUGCCAUCCUAGAAUUGCCGCAUCCAGGAGCUGCCGUCGGACCGAGCGUUACCUGUCUUCUCAAAGAACAAUUUGCUCUUCUGCGCCGCUCCGAUCGCUUCUGGUACGAAAAUGACCUUCCGCCAUCCUCAUUAACUGGCGACCAGCUAAAGGAGAUCAGGAAAGUCACCGUGGCCGGAAUUCUAUGCGCCAACACCGACGACCUGGGUGCGAUUCAGCCCAAGGCCUUCGUCCAAGAAGAUCCCUUCCUAAAUGCGCGUCUGUCAUGCGACCAACAUCCGUUGCCCCAGCUGACUGCAUGGUUAGAGAUGGAUCACAUGACCGAUCUAAGUGAAGAAAUGCUGAUGGACGCAAUCGCCAAGGCCGAACUUGAGGUUUUGCAGCGUAGGAAGAUGGAAUACGAAGUUUGGAGUACAGUCGGCGGUGUAGAUCCCAAGUCACCAACCGGAACGGCGGCGUCUUUCAGCAAAGCCAACAAACAAGCAUUAAAGAUCGCCAACUCUUCUCUUCUCUUUGAGUUUGCUUCUAACGAAAUCAUCAACUCACUUAUGAAUAGACGUAGAAAGAGACAAAUAUUCGACAAUAAUGUGAUAUCGGCAGUUUUCCGCGACGAACUAUCUGAUGGUUUACAGAACGUAGAUGUAUCCUCGAUAAUUCCAACAAAUGUGUUGGACUUAGUUGAACCUAACUGCGAAGAGACUGGACCUUGCGAUCCUAGUCAUCCCUUCCGCUCAUUCACCGGACACUGUAAUAAUCUAAGGAAUCCGGCUUAUGGAAAAAGUUUGACCACUUUCUCCAGGUUGUUGCCAAGCUCUUACGAAGAUGGUAUCUCUAGACCGAGGGUGACUGGAGUAACUGGCGUCACUUUACCAUCACCUAGGAUCGUGUCCACUGUAAUCCAUCCGGACAUAAGUAAUCUGCAUUCUAGAUAUACAUUAAUGACGAUGCAGUAUGCCCAAUUCCUGGACCACGAUUUGACUAUGACCCCCAUUCACAAAGGCUUCCACGAGUCUAUUCCCAAUUGCAGAGACUGCGAUAGUCCUAGAACAGUGCAUCCCGAGUGCAAUCCAUUCCCCGUACCACCUGGCGAUCAUUAUUAUCCGGAGGUGAACAUAACUUCCGGUCAGAGGUUAUGCUUUCCCUUCAUGAGAUCUUUGCCUGGACAACAGCAUUUGGGACCCAGAGAGCAAGUCAACCAAAAUACUGCAUACUUGGAUGCCUCGCAAAUUUAUGGGGAGAAUCAUUGCGUAGCUCGCGAUCUUAAAGGAUACGGAGGUAGAAUGAACUGUACCAUUCACCCGCAAAAAGGAAAAGAUUUGCUCCCAAGAAGUGAUCAUCAUCCGGAAUGCAAAGCCGCUUCUGGGUUAUGUUUUAUUGCUGGCGAUGGAAGGGCGUCCGAACAACCAGCCUUGGCUGUGAUUCAUACCAUCUUCAUGAGGGAGCAUAACAGAAUAGUCGAAGCUCUUAGGCACGUCAACCCGCAUUGGGAUGCCGAAAAGCUUUUCGAACAUGCCAGGAAAAUAAUUAUUGCUAUGAAUCAACAUGUCACAUACAACGAAUUUCUGCCGAGGAUUUUGAGUUGGAACGCAGUGAAUCUGUACGGUCUAAAGUUGCUGCCACAGGGAUAUUACAAAGAGUACAAUCCUUCGUGUAAUCCAUCGAUAAUCAAUGAAUUUGCUGCUGCGGCUUUCCGCAUUGGUCAUAGUAUGUUGAGACCUCACAUUCCGCGACUUAGUCCAAGCUAUCAAAUUGUUGAUCCUCCCAUAUUGCUGCGCGAUGGUUUCUUCAAAGUGGACAUGAUUAUGCAACCGGGUAUGGUUGAUGAAAUUACCAGAGGUUUAGUUUCAACACCAAUGGAAACUCUUGAUCAAUUCAUCACCGGUGAGGUCACCAAUCAUCUGUUCGAAGAUAGACGCAUUCCAUUUUCCGGUAUUGAUUUGGUCGCGCUUAACAUUCAAAGGGCUAGAGACCACGGAAUUCCAUCUUACAAUAAUUACAGAGCAUUAUGCAACUUGAAGCGAGCGGCUAGUUUCGAGGAUUUGGCCAGAGAAAUUCCCACGGAGGUGAUUGCUCGUUUGAAAAGGAUUUACCCAACUGUGGACGACAUUGAUUUAUUCCCAGGCGGUAUGAGUGAAAGACCGCUGCAGGGAGGUCUCGUUGGACCAACGUUCGCAUGUAUUAUUGGCAUUCAAUUCAGGCAAUUGAGGAAGUGCGAUCGCUUCUGGUAUGAAAACCAAGAUCCAGUGGUCAAGUUUACUGAGGCGCAGUUACAAGAAAUCAGGAAAAUCACGUUAUCCAAGAUUCUGUGCGAGAAUCUGGACCACCAUUCGGACAUGCAAAGGGCGGCCUUUGAUAUUCCCUCCAACUUCCUAAACCCGCGUGUUUCUUGCCAAAGUCUUCCUGGAAUCGACUUCAAUGCAUGGCGGGAGUCGAGUGGAAGAGGUUGCCUGAUUGGUGAUUCCCAAGUGCAAGUCGGCGAAUCCGCCUUCCCCAGUCCGUGUACAAGCUGCGUUUGCACCUCUGAAGGCGGUCAAUGCGCUUCCUUGCGUGUAACAGAUUGUAGUCAAUUGCUGAGGGAAUGGUCCCGAGAAACUGUGCUCAGAGACGACGUCUGCACGGCGCAAUGUGGUUUUCUUUUACGCGACACCACCCCCAACCUCUUCGGUCGACCAUCCACCAUCAACCAAGAGCUACUACCGCCUCCACAUAGAAACACCAGGUCCAGGCCACUGGGUCCAACCCGCUUCAACUCCAACUUCAACGAUUUCAAAUUCCCCGACCUGACACCUUUCAUUGCCAAAUAGAGAAUACAAGUCACAACCAACUAAAACAAAACAAAAGUAACGAAAUAACAAUUGCGAAGAAAAAAAAUGCACAUGCCAAGCUAAAUUGAUGAGAAUAUCAAAGGGUCACUGCCUACUUUAGAUGAAAAUAGUGUCAUAUAAUUAUUGUCAAAUCAAUUAGAGCAUGGAAAACUUUAGAUCUCCAGAAAAAAAAGAUGAAAAAACAUAAUAAUGU